AUGAGCGAUGCAGUUGAAUGCGACAGCACUCUGCUGGCUGACGGAAACAUCGAUGCCAAGGAGUUCACUGUUUCUUCAGAGAGCUGGGCUUCAAUUCAAAACACGUCAAGUCGCGUCCAUAUCCAGUACGGCCUACAAGUAUCUAAGACUUCCGUAAACGCCACGGAUGAUGAAAUCGAGAGAGUCUCAGACGAUGUGCAAAGCACAUUGAUUCUCGCCCAGGAAGCAGAGCAAUCGUAUGAGUCUCUACAAGGGAUCGUCGUUCUCAACAAUCAAUCGGUUUUGCUGGACAAAACAAGCGUGAAGUAUUAUGAGGACGUGAUCAUAACCCCCGAAUCUGCAACUGAGGAAACCACAUGGAAAUUUGAGCUUCUUUCACCGUUGUCUCAGACUUUCACGUUGCUUGCCUCAGACAGCAAUCUGUUGGACUUGCCGGGAUAUUUUGGAGCAAGAGAUGAGCCUGGAAGGUUAUCGCUCGGUCUUAAGGCGAAUGUUCUGACACCAAAUACGCAAUAUGAAUUCCUAGUUUCUUCCUUCCGAACCGGCUUCUCCGUGAAUGAGCAAAAAAUAUCACUGACGACGGUGGAAAAGCCAAGGAUUAUUCUGGGUAACUAUGCUACUCCCACAGGAACCACAGAGGACACUUAUGUUUUAUCCGCGUAUGCCAGCUAUGAUGGAGACUUCAAAUUUUUCUUCAUGCUCAAAGACGAUUUCGGCUUUGAAAUGUGUGUGGGGGGUUGCCAAGGCGAGAAUGUUGUCCAAUUCCGAUUGGGAACAGCAGGAACAUAUGCGGUGCGGUGCGAUGUGUACGACUCUCUGGGAUACACCCUCCUUGCAAACGCUACGGGCGGAAGCAUUGUUGUCUCGGAAGAAUUGACAAUCACUGAUUUAUCACAAUUUGGAGAGCAGGCUGAGCAGGCAUUCCUUGCUGGCGAUCACGCAAUUUACCAACAGCUUGGUGCAGAUAUGGUGAAACACGUGGUGUCUCUCGGGGAGAGCCAGUCCCCAGACCUUGACUCUGAGAUCUUGGCAAACUUCACACUGGGCAUGAAUCAAGUCGCAGCAAACGCCGUCCCGAAUCCUAUUCAGAGCGCAGGCUACGUUCGCAUGGCCGCCUCACUGGCAAGCUUGACACCAGACCUAGGAAUCACGUUUGAUACGGAGACGCUUUACUAUUUGGUGAACAUCACAGUGAGCGCAAUCGACAGAGUCCCUGACAAUGGCGCGCUACAAGUACUAGAAGAACUACUCGACUUCUACGACCUCACUCCUGAGCUGGUAUUAGAGACAUACUCGCAGGGAACUUCUCGCCGCCGGUUAUUGCACGAGAUGCAGGACAGCGGGAAGGAGGUACGCGAAAUCUGGCUCGAUAUCUACGAGGUUUUGAAGAACCAAGUUGUCCUCACGGUUUUGAAAAGAUGCACUUGCGGAUGCGUGGAAGAGGUUCAAACUGGGGUGAGCUCCCCAUCCCGAAUAUCGCUCAACUUGAGACGGGCCAUGAUGAGACAGGCUAGAAAUCAGUCGGCAAUUGAAUCUUACGUUAACCCCAUUCAAGGCAGGCUGAGUCCGGUGAGUAUUAAGCUCGCGCACUUCUGCAACUCAGAACAAGGGAAUCAAUUGAAAGUCGACGAAGAUACUGUGGAUGAGGUUCGAUUCUCUUGGUGCAAGGGCAUUUUUGAAAAUUCGAUCAAGAAACUGUACUUUGCUCUGGCCAAGACACCAGACUACAUCUACUUGUCUCAACUCCGAAAAAACGUGACGCUUUCAAAUGGUUUAGUCACAACAGUCAUCGCUGAGUUGAACGGAAACGCGGUAGAAGACGCCACUCUUCCGAUCAGUAACUGCUACACCGUGGAGAUGCCAAUGCUGCGAAACUUCUCAGACACCGGCACUUCAAUCCCGGAAGAAGAACAACCACGCGGUAUUCGAUUGCAUCCGCCAAAACAGUGGCAGGAACCAGCAUCCCUGGCUCUCUACAACCCAAUCUUCUCAGGUUUAACAACAACGGUCGGCGAUACCGCUUCAACGUCGGAGACUGAGUACAUUACAGCAACAGUGAAGAUGUCAUCAACUGGGGUGCUUGCAGUUGGAACGAGAAUACAUUGGAGUGGCGGGUUAUUCUCACUUGAAGGAAUUUUCUUGUCGGCUGCUGAGAUCGCAGGAGUGACGGUGGUGAUAUUUGUACUUGUUCUGGGCGCGACCAUCUCGACUUGGGUUGUUGCAACCAAGUUGAUUGGACAAACAGGGCCGUUACCGCCUGUGGAAGCUGAUUUCACUUACGUGGAACGUGACGUUUAUGGCCGAGGAACGGCUCUGGACAUUAUGGAAGACGAGAGGUAG